GUGAGGGUGCUGAGCCUCCCCUGGGCUCACUGCGCCUCCUCUCAGACACCUGCAUGCCCUGGGGGAGAGCUGCCUGCUUCUAAAGGCGGGUCCUCUGGGCUCCUCUCGGACCCCCGGACUGGCCCAGCGCUGGGGACGCGGGCAGCAGGUAGAGGGGCGGGCGGUUGAAGAAGAGGAAGCUGAGGCGAGGUUGGGUCACUCCGUGGUUACGCCAGGCUCUCGCCGGCCACUGCGCCUUUGGGUGAGCUGAAAACUGGCCGUGGGCUGUGGAGGCUGCAGGAGCCCUGGCCAGGCUGACUGCCCGCAGCAGUGAACACUAGGCUCCAGCUGGCUCUGAGCCCAAGGCAUGUGUGCAGCCCUUUGACCCUGGAGUUGCAGCCUCAGCCACCAAGACCAGCGGGGGACCCUGGAGGCCCGAGAACCCAGCCUUCUUCUCUGCCAUGGGGGAUGAGCAGGAGGGCGCUUUCCCCGGGCGGCUCAGCGAGAGCGCCGAGGACCUCAGUCUGGAUCUGGGAGCGCUUCAAGGCAGCGAAUACCUUCAGGAUCUGGGCCUUGGGGCCCCUUCCCACAGCCAGCCUGGCGGGGCCAGCGGCAGCAGCCCCCCUGGCAAAGAAGCGGCUGCGGACUCGCCCUUCUCCAGCUCGGCAGGGCCGCGGGGCCCCCUGCGCAGACGCAGCUGGGAGAGAUCGAGGAGCUGCUCCGAGAGCGCGCGGAGGCUCAGCCUCGACGCCUCGCCUGUGGAAGAGGGACCCUGUCUCCCUAGGACCCUAGCUAGCCUCGCUCUGAAUCUGUCAGGCGAGGGCCAGAAAACUUGGACCCAAGAGUGUGUGCCUGGAGGUGGGGCCUCUGCAGAGCACCCCGGGAAGGAACGUGACAGGCCCGAGCACAGGGUGAGGUCGCAGUCAGUUCCCCUGUCCUCUGAUGAGAUCAGAUCCCUGGGAAUCACCCCGGCUUUGGAGGUGCCCAUGCCGCCCGUUCAAGGUCUCGAACCGCCGGUGCUGGAGUGUCUGGAGAAGGACCAUGUGGAGCCGGAGCACGUGCUGAUUGUCCAGCAAGUCCUUCAGGAACUUCGGCAAUACCACGGGGCCCGGCAGAGGGCUCGCAUGUCCGUGUGCCCUGGGGGAGCCCAUGCCAACCUCACCUGGUUCGAGUUCCUGUCCGAGAGCGAAGAUGGUGGAGGCCGGAGUGAGAAGAACAAGGGCACCAGCGUGAAGAGGAAGCUGAGCUGCCUCCGGAGCCGGGUCACCAGGCAGAAGGAGAAGGUCAGGGGCCGUGCCAGGGAAGGGGGCUCUCGGUGUCAAGAGAGGCGGGAAUGUGUCAACGGGCACCAGCUGGUGCCGGGGACCUUCCUGGGCCACUGCACCUGCCCCCUGUGCGGCAAGCCCUUCCUGAGCUCAGCCUCGCUCAAGGAGCACCCCCACAGCGCCCUCCUGGCCGAUGGCAGCCCUGCCCUGUCCAGGAAUGUCGGCAUGACGGUCUCUCAGAAAGGGGGUCCGCAGCCUACACCGAGCCCGGCUGGAACUGGGGCGCGACCCGGACCAGUCCCAGGAGAGAUGGACGAAGCCGACUCCCUGUCUUUAAAGUUCAGGCAGGCAGCCGACGACUCUCUGUCCCUCGCAUCUUCGAAUCACGGCCUCGCUGAGGAGCGAGAUCGAAUCAGAUGCCCACGAGUUCGAGGCCGAGUCCUGGAGCCUCGCCGUGGACUCGGCCUACGCCAAGAAGCAGAAGCGCGAGGUGGUUAAAAGGCAGGAUGUCCUUUACGAGCUGAUGCAGACGGAGGCGCACCACGUGCGGACGCUCAAGAUCAUGCUGAAGGUGUACUCCAGGGCGCUGCAGGAGGAGCUGCAGUUCAGCGGCCCGGCCGUCAGCCGCCUCUUCCCCUGCGCCGACGACCUGCUGGACAUGCACGGCCACUUCCUCUCCCGCCUCAAGGAGCGCCGCCAGGAGUCGCUGGAGGAGGGCAGCGACCGGAAUUACGUCAUCCAGAGGGUUGGGGACCUCCUGGUGCAGCAGUUUUCAGGUGAGAACGGGGAGAGGAUGAAAGAAAAGUACGGAAUCUUCUGCAGCGGCCACAACGAGGCCGUCAGCCAUUACAAGCUGCUGAUGCAACAGAACAAGAAGUUUCAAAACUUGAUCAAGAGAAUCGGCAACUUCCCCAUCGUGCGGCGGCUCGGCGUGCAGGAGUGUGUCCUGCUGGUCACCCAGCGCAUUACCAAGUACCCGGUGCUGGUGGAGCGCGUCAUCCAGAACACGGAAGCUGGCACCGAGGACCACGCAGACCUGACCCAGGCCCUGAGCCUCAUCAAGGACAUCAUCUCACAAGUGGACGCCAAGGUCAGCGAGCACGAGAAGGGCCAGCGCCUCAGGGAGAUCGCGGGCAAGAUGGACCUGAAGUCCUCCAGCAAGCUCAAGAACGGGCUCGCCUUCCGGAAGGAGGACAUGCUACAGCGGCAGCUCCAGCUGGCGGGCACGCUGUGCUGGAAGUCCACGUCCGGGCGCUUGAAAGAUGUCCUUGCGGUCCUGUUGACCGACGUGCUUUUGCUGCUGCAAGAGAAGGAUCAGAAGUACGUGUUUGCCUCUGUGGACUCGAAGCCGCCCGUCAUCUCCCUGCAGAAGCUCAUCGUGAGGGAGGUGGCCAACGAGGAGAAGGCCAUGUUCCUGAUCAGCGCGUCGCGGCAGGGGCCCGAGAUGUACGAGAUCCACACCGGCUCCAAGGAGGACAGGAACGCCUGGAUGGCGCACAUCCGCAGGGCCGUGGAGAGCUGUCCAGACGAGGAGGACGGCCUCUUCAGUGAGGCAGAGGAGGAGCGGAAGGUGGCCGAGGCCCGGAGCAUGAGGCUCAAGGACUUUCAAGAGCGGCUGAGCCAGAAGGACCAGCUGAUCGCCCAGAGCCUGCUGGAGAAGCAGCAGAUCUACCUGGAGAUGGCAGAGCUGAGCGGGCUCGAGGACCCUCCUCAGUCACACGCCCUCUUCCGCGGGGGGAACCCCUCCGAGAUCCUGCAGGGGGAGCAGAUUCUCAAUUCAGCCAUGAGUGAGAUCGAGGGCAUCCAAGGCCUGAUCUGCAGGCGGCUGAGCAGCACCAACGACCAGGCGAAUGACGGAGGCUCCGCAGGCCUGCCCCGGAGGGCCGAGACCUUCGGGGGCUUCGACAGCACGAGCAGCCCCAGCAAGGAUGGCAGUUUUAAGAAGGUCUGCAGCACCGACCCCAGGCCCCAAGACUGCCGAGGCCCCGUGGGCAGCUCAGACGCAAGGCUCAGCAAUAGUGACAGCCUGGAAUCACCACAGGCGAUCGAGGAUCCUGACGUGGAGACUGGUCCUCGGCUCCCCUUGAUCCUGGAAUCCGAGCUUGUCCAGCGGAUCCAGACGCUGUCCCGGCUGCUGCUCAGCCUCCAGGCAGUCAUCGCCAGGCAGGACAGCUACGUGGAGAUGCAGCGUGCCGCCAUGCAGGAGCGCGAGAAGCAGUUCCGGCUGCAGUCGACGCGCGGGGACCUGCUGCUGGCGCCAACGCCAGGCCUACCAGCACGACCUGGAGCGGCUGCGCGAGGCCCAGCGCGCCGUGGAACGGGAGCGCGAGCGCCUGGAGCAGCUACGCCGGCUCAAGAAGCAGAACACGGCGCCCGGGGCCCUGCCGCCCGAGGCGCUGGCAGAGGCCCUGCCCCCAGGCCACCCUCCCAGCUUCAAUGGCGAAGGGCUGGAGGGCGCGGCCCUGGCCAAAGCACCGGGCGUCCGCGUGAGCGUCCUGCUAUCUGGUGGGCCAGAGUACGGGGAGCGGCCCGAGGUGGCGCGCUGGGACAGCGCCCCCGCGGAGAGCCGGCCCGCCAAGAGCGAGGUCCCCAUCCAGCUGCUCAGCGCCACCAACCAGAUCCAGAGGCAGGCCUGGCCCCGCCUGACGUCCCCGCUGACGGCUUCUCCCUCAAGGCCGGCGGUGCGCCCUGCCCGCCCCUGGCCCCAAACCCCUCGCCACUGCCGGCCUCGCCCCUGGCCGCCAAGGAAGAAGUGGGCAAGGAAGAUGUCAUCUUCUUCUGAGAGCGCCGUGCAGCGAGGUGCAGGCCCCUCCCUGUCCUGCCCACCCUCUGCGCUCACUGGGGACCCCCGCCCCAGAGGUCACUCUGCCACCCAGCCGUCCCAUCCUCUUCCCCCGACACCCACCCAGCCGGGUCGCCCUGUUGGUGCUUCGGGGCUCUCAGAGCUCUGUAGGGUUAGCGGUGGUGCCUGGGGAACUUUCUAGACCUCUUAGUUUUUUUAAAAAAAGGAAAGUUUUUUUAUCAAAGGUUAAACGAAGGAGCUGUCUUAGAUGGUAGGGGAGAGAGCCUCACCGGGCUGUUUUUCCGCGGCAGUGAGGAGGCCAUGGCUCUAGCCAGGAGACCGAGGACAGGCCAGACCUCAGUCUGAGGAGGAGUUGCUGGCCCAGGCCGGCCCCGUGGCCACCAGGAGAUGGGGGAGUGAGUUGGCAGGGCACCCCAGGUCAGCACAGGGCUGGGCAGAUCCCGAGUGGUCCGCAGUGGACCGCGGGGCCAGGCAAGGGGACAGCCAGUGGCACUCCAGGCCGUCCUGUGGGUGCAGAGGGCACGACUUCCUCCUUUCAGUGUGACCAGGUUCUGCUUCUUGGGUCCACCCGGGGAUCUCCCUGCCUGUCGUUCACACCACACCCGAUGGGCCUCGGCCUCCAGGGGCUGCUGGGAGGAGGCCCCAGGGGCAGGAGCUGCUGGGACUAGGAGGGGUGGGUACAGGAGGAAGUCCCUGGGGACACUGCCAGUGAGAGGGCCAGUGCCACCUGGUGGGCAGUGAGCUGUCAUGGCUCCUGGUCACCUGCCCUACAGGGGUCAAGGGUCCUGGGCUGUCGUCCUUGUUCCCUGGAGAAGGUGGGGGGACACUCUGGCUCCACUUGGGACCAAGUCGUUCUCCUGAGUCCGGCGUCCCGGGUCGCUGCAGCUGGGACGUAGGAGGGGGGUUGCCCAGGGUGUCUGGAGGGAGGCCAGCGCGUCCCCGCUUUCAGCGUCAUUCAAGGAUGGGGACAGGACACAGGAGAGGGGACUCCUUGGUGAGAUGGGCUCAGGAGGGGGCAGGCAGGCACAGCAGCUGGCGACAGGAUGCUGAAAAACAGCAGCUACGGACCUCUCCGGGCACGAGUGGCCUGGCCGUCCCCCAGGCUCCAGCCCCUCUGAACCUCACCUUGGCCCAGCCCGGCCCGUCUGGCGUCAGCCUCGGCCCUGUGUCCCUGCGACCCUGCGGUCCCCACCUCCCGUCCAUGCUACCCCGUGCCAUGUUUAUAAUCAGUGUUUUGUAUUUUUGUACUGAGAAGUAUCGGAGCACUUUAGAAAAGCCGACUUUCAAUUCCUGUCCUACCUGAAGAGGACAUUCCCCACGGACGGGAGCGCGAGGCGGUCCCCAGGACGCACCUGCCUGAGCCCCGCGCUCUGUCUGACCCUCUGAGAGGCCGACUCCUCAGACCAGGGGCAGUCGGGGAUGUGCAGCGUUCGGCCGCAAGGCGGGGACUGGUGUGUCCGCAUCACGCAGCGUGGGGUUCCCAGUGCCCUGGGUACAUGUCCUCAUGCCCGUUCCCCUCAGUCACCCCUGGGUAGAGCCCACGCGUAUUUGUGAAGCCUGUGGUCAAGCAGAUUUUCCUGUUCCUGUGGGACCCGCGUCUUCGUCCCGGUAAUUGUCUGUACAGCGAUGUCAUUCCCUCGCCGUGGGACGUCCCAGAACCGUCUUAGAACUCGAGACCGAUUUUAGCAAUAAAACUGUCUGAGAUGA